AUGGCAUCAGAUAUCGCUUUGAAAAAGGUCUUGCGUCUCGUGCCCACGGUGCCGACUCUGUUGUGGCCUGAUGGUUCAAUCACGCAGCAUGGCCAGGCACCACCCAGCAACGAACUCGUCAAAAGCCGUGUGAUUCCAAGGCCUGUAGACGAUGUGCCAGCACUCCAGAGCUUUUGGGACACAUCAACCCUAACGAGCACUUUCGACCUUGUGGAAAAUGGUGAUUGCAACCUUGCCAACAUUGAGGAUGGAUUUGAGACUCUUGAUGGAGAGCAGUCUGACUCCAAUCACAGUCUGAUGCAUUGCGAAGCUUGCUUUGCAACACAUAAACCUGGAUUUUGUUCUCUGGCGCUCCCGAGUUCUCUCCAGGUCAUGGCCCGGCAAGACCGAGAGCUAUUUGCGCACUUCUCCUCGGCAGUGGCUCCGGUGAUGGUCGUGCUGGAUGGAAAGUUUAAUGGCUAUCGAAACCUCAUUCUGCCCCUUGCAUACGAGGACGAACUUGUCAAGGGUGCGGUAUCUGUCGUUUCAAUGUAUCAUCUGGCGCCUGAAAGACCAGAGAUGCAGUUUCAUGCAGACGUCGGACUCCAAUUGAUAAUCCGACAACUGCUUCAACGUACCUCGCAAUCGGAGAAGGCUCUUGAUCUUUCUGCGUGGACUACAAUAGUUGUCCUUCUUGUGGGUGAAACCAUUACAGGGGGCAGUAAUCUCCCGUUAUUGUUCAAGAUCUUACAGCACCUUUCGACUGCCAACUCGAAUUCGGGCCAAGAAAGCGUUAUGCAUUCCUUUCUGCAUGAGCAGACGCGUAUGAUGACUCUCUUUGCACAGCCAUUACUAGGCGAGAGUGCAGGCACUACGACUCUCCGGACCCCGUUGGAGGCAUAUUUUGACUUCAUUUCGAAUGCAGCUAUCUUUCAUCCUGGACUCGCAACUCAGAUAGGAGUCUUCAAGUCUGCUAUCUGUCAGGCAUGUAAUAUCUACCUGCGGCGUGCGACACAGAAUCCCGAACAGUCCGAAAGUAGUGCAGCUCUAGACACACUUAAAGAGCUGUGUGAGGGAAUUCAUCCGAAUACACCAGGCCACCAUACGCUGGUGUGGGUUUAUUUUGUCGCGGCGGCAGAAAGCGUAUCACUUGGUCACCGCGACUUCUUCACCAUGCGGUUACAAGAGGUCUAUUCACGAACUCGAUUUCACAAUAUCCCCACGGCCUUGAGCGCAUUACAGAAGCUGUGGAAGGUACAAUCCGAGAGGAGAUGGACUGAAGUUUUGCCGGAGAUUAUGCCUGUUUUCAUCAUCUGA